AUGACUCUCAUCGAUGCCCAGGUGCACUUUCUGGACGAACGCGUAGUACUGGUGCACAUCCCACUGGAGCUGUACCCUUACUUUCUCAAUGCAGUUCUCAAUCUGAUCUUCGAUGAAGUCCCACCGCUGGAAGAUGAAAGUGGGCACGGAGAUGAUGAGUCUGACGGCCUCGACAAUGCCUCAGAAAAUGGCUAUAAACCACCUGCCUUCAUGAAUAUCUCCAUCACGCCCGUCGAGGUCUCGGUCAUGUGUCCCAGGCGUCUAGUCGACAAGUACUUUGUUCCGCUCAUGGAUCAGCUCGACCAACUUGAUGGCUCUCUCCGUUCCCACCUGGUCAUCAGCGAGAAUGACUUCAUCGCCAUGCAAGUCCUCGGCGAAGGCCUCGAAGCCAGCAGGCGGGUUCUCGAAUUAACCACUCCCCUCGCCCUGGCAGGAAUCUCCAUCUUUUUUAUCUCCACCUAUUUCUCCGACUACAUAGUAGUCCCAAGCCAAAGCAAAACAAGUGUCAUGUCAGCUCUCGAAGCCCGCGGCUUCCAAUUCGACAACGCAAGCGCAGCCUUUAUCAACAAUCCCCUCAGCCCAACAACAGAAAGACGCCUCAGCGAUCUAAUCCCACCAAACACCCCACCACCUUCAACCCUAUCCGAACUUCAAACCCGCACCUUUGACAGUCUCCGCAAACGCCAGAUCUCCCCUUACGUAGACGAGACCCUCCGUCUAGUUCAGUGCGCUGCUCACCACCAAUACCACAGCGAAGACAGCUCAAUGUCCAUCCUCCGCGACGCUCUCACAACAGUCCUCCUCAUCGACGAGCCGCGCUUCCUCUCUCUAACCCUAGCAGCUCUCGACCCAGCCGCCUCCCUCCUCCUAGAGAAGCGCCUCCUCCCCCGCUUCGCCCUCCGAUCUUCUUCCCAUGGAAACUACGAAGACGGCUCCGGCCUUCUCCUAGGCUCAAAAGAAGACUACCUGAUCCCAAUCACUCUGGACUUACGAGAUCUCCCCCUGGAAGCAUCAGGAAUAGUCUGCGGCGUAGCCGGCCGCCUGGCCGAAGCAGCACAAAGCCCCCGCCCCUCAACCUCAACAGCCAUCUCCAGUGCCGUCGGCAGUAACGCAAGCAGCAUCAUCGGCUCAGUGCCCAGACUCUUCGAUACAUUCGGCACCCGUCUAGACGCCCUCUCGAUGUCAGAGAAAAAGUCCCCCACGCCUUCUUCGGCGCCACCGCAUAAUCUCCAUCCUCUCCCGAUGUCAGCCCAUCACCUCCAGCCAGAUCUGGACCCUGUCGCUGAUGCCGUGGAGAUUAGUUUCUUGUCAACUGCACGCGCGGGUACCAUUAUUGUUGGUGAAGAUGAGCUGAAACGGGCUAUUGAUGCUCUUGAGGCGGAGAAGGAGCCCAAGUUUUUGGAUCUGCAGCUUGAGUCGCAGACUCCGCCGGAUAGUCCACCACAGCAGCGGGUUUGA